CUCCAUAAUUUGAUCCAUUUAUAUAUCUAGUAAUUGCACAUGACGAAGACAUAAUACCUUCAAGUGGGUCUGGUAUGGAUUUUAGAGUAAACUCGCCCCAUUACCGUCUCAUACCUGCCUUAUACUACUUUUCGAAGGUUGAUACAAGCUUGGAAGAGCUUAGAAUCUAGACUAUAAUAAUAUAAAAUAUUUAUUAAUAAAAUUAACGUCGUUUAUUAGAAAUAAUAAUUCUUCAUAUUAAUGUCAUUAUGGUAGCGCGUAUGGAUAUCCAAAUGGGUGGUGGGGCGGAGAUGAAUAUUAACUUGUACCCGGCGGGGCGGGUGUGGAUGUGGAAAAUUGUACCCGCCAUGGAUGGUGGGGUUGGGAUGGGUACAAGAUUUUUAGGCGGGUAUGGGAUUGGAGGCACCAUCCUCUGCAUCUGACCCGCCCCAUUGUUAUCCCUAGGAGCAGGGAAGGGUAGGGGCGGAAAAGGGAGAGAGGAUGGGGUUUUUCGAGGGUACGGAGGUUGGGGUCGGGACGGGGAAGGAGUUUUUUACUUUUUUGAGGGUCAGGGUGGAGGUGAGUCGGCGAUUCAGGGAGAAGAGGGUGGGUGGCCGGUGUAGCGCUCCGGCGCCAGUGGGCAAGUAUAGGAGUCGGGCUGGUGGAGAUGGCAGUCGUGGAGGGUGGUUGGACUAGUGGUGGGAGUUGUUUUUUAAUUAAUCAAAUGACAAUUUUUAAGUUUUUCUUUUAAAAUAAAAUUAUGAUUUUAUUUUUUUUAUCAAUCAAAUGCCGACACUUGUCACGUAACUUUCUUUAACAAGUUAAAUGACCGGUUGUGACCAUUUAAAACUAACUGGCAUUAAAGGUCAGAUUAUUUAAAACUAAUCAAAAUGUAAAUUAUUUUAGAUGAACGAGGCAAAAGCCGAAUUAUAGCUAGCAAUUUUUCCUUUAUUAUACUCCGUAUCUAAAACUUUAGGAAUUACGAAGUACUUAAUUAGAAGCUGGGCCCUGGGCUUCGGUAGCACUCUUUGGCGUGCCGUGGUCAGCAAGCUAAAACGAGACUAGCUAUUUCUCUCCCUUGCAAAAAAAAAAAAAAAAACAGAAAAAAAAAAAGUUAAAACGAGACAAGAAACUAAGGCUAAGCCAAGUACAACAGAGACGCAAUUUCGGAAGAUCAGAGGGUAGAGCAGCAAAAAAAAAUGAGUGAUAUGAACGAUUCUUCUGAUUAAGAUCAAGAUUUCUCCGACGAUGUAGGUAAUCCUAGUGGUGGUCCUGAUGAUGAAGAUGUUACACCACCUCCCGUGUCGGAAGAUAUAGAAAGAAUAUGUUGUAUAGGUGGAGGAAGGGUUGGAGUUUUAAGUAUGAUGGUGCUUGCUCACUAUUGGCACGAUAAACAUUUCGUUGUUUUGGAUAAGGAUGUUGAGAAGACUAAUGAUAUGAAUGGUAUCAAUGAUGAAAAUGAGAGAGUUAUGCCUUUUUCUGAGCCUGAUAUUUAUAUCUUAACGAAGGUAUUGACAGGGCAAAUCUACAUUUUAGCUCCAAUAUUGAUCAAGAACUUGAUCUAUGUCAAUUGAUUUUUAUUGCGGUUGACAUUCCUCUCAAGAUAAAGCCCAAAGUACUCAAGAAUGACUUGGACAUCAAGAACUUUGAUGAUGCUAUCAAGAGCAUACUCCAAUCAAUCGAUAGAAUACACUGGUAGGAAGUAUGUAGCUAUCAAAUCUACUGUACCAGUUGACUAUAAAUCAAACAUUGCAAACCACAUUCGUGGGUUUAACAAUGCUAGGCAUCUUAGCGUCAUCACAAACCCGGAGUUCUUUUCUGUUGGCACCGCUGUUCAAGAUUUGCUACAUCCUCAGAAGGUGGUAUUAGGUGACUUUUACGAAGGUCACAAUAGUUUAAUUCUUUUUAAGGAUUUGUAUGCAGGAGUGGUCAAUGUUGAUAAUAUCGAAAUCAUUGGUUCACAAUCUUCUGUGCAAAUAGGGAAGUUAUUAUCUAAUGCAGUUCUUGCAGCUCAGUUAACACUUAUGAAUAUAGGAUCUACCUUAUGUGAAAAGGUCGGCUCAAAUUUCGAUGAUGUGAGAAGCACCAUAACUGCAAACUCAAGAUUGAAUCAGGAUUUUAUCAAUUCGAGACCGGGUUAUGGAAGUAUGGGUUUGACAAAAGACAUAGAUUAUUUGGCAUAUUUAUGUGAAUAUGUAGGGAUGACAAAUGAAAAGAAGUUUUUUACAAUGAUUAGUGAGAUGAGGAGAAGAAUGAUGGAUGAAUUAGUACAGACUGUUUCACACAUGAUCGGAGGCUCUUUGAAUAUAGCUAUAUAUGGAUUUUCUAAUAAAGUGGAUUUAGAUGACAUCAGAGAAUCACCUGCAAUUUACAUUUGUCGAUCGUUGUUGAAGAUUAAUGGUAUUCGUCUGAAAAUAUUUGAUCCAUUAGUUUCUGAAAAUACGAUCCUGAAAUGUUUUGCUCCUAGAGAGAGAAAUCGAAUAUUGGUUGCUGAUAACAUAGAAGGUGCUUGGGAUGUUGAAGCAAUGGUCUUCUUAGUUGAAUGGCCAAUGUUUGCUACUAUGUUGGAGGAACAACGCGAUGAGCUAGUUAUCACAAUGAGAAGGCCAGCCUUUAUCUUUGAUUGCUGUGAUUUGAUUGUCGAUGUGAAUGGUUUUGAUCAUAUUCAGAUCUACCGAUUAGGAACACCUAUAUAAUAUGCUCGUGAGGUGAAGGUGAAGGUGAAGGUGAUAGUGAUGAGUUUUGAUGAUGAUUGAGAUGAUAGAUGAUGGGGGGAAGCAGGGGAUCAAAUCUCCAUUUCACACGCUCUUUUGAGUUAGAUUAAAUGUUAAUGGUUUUGUAAUGAAAUUGGGUUAAUUUUAGUUUGAGUAUUGAAACUUUAGUACUGUAAUAUGAUUUUGCCUUGAUUUUGAACAUCUCUUAAUUCAUACUUUUGCUCUA